AAAUUAGAUGAAAAUCAAUUACCUUUUGGUACCCAACAACCUCCAUUUUCCUUCAGCUUCAAGGCUCAUCAUCAUUACCACUUUCAAAUUCACAGCUAGGACAGUGACAUAAAAGACAGAGAAUGGACCCAAGCAUCAACACCAACAGAAGAAGGAGAAUUGGAGGAACCGUUGUUGCUGCAGGCUCUGUUUGGGAAACGAGAAUGCAGAGCGACGAAGAAGUUAGUAAUAACGCCAUUGUUCUUCAUGUUACAAACGAAGACAAGACUUCUUCUACUAAACAAAUGAGUGUAAAGGAGGAAGCUUUAGGGGUUAAUGGAAAGAGACGGACUUGGAAGUCUAGAGCGUCCGAUGUGAAGAACCCAUCAACACUUGAGAUUGUUCGAAACAAUUCUAUGAAGGUGACAAGGCCGAGAUCAAUUGGUACUCCUCCGAUGACGCCGAGGAGAUCGUUAUCUAGUAAUGACUCCAAUGAGAAGAGUCCGAGUUUGUCGGUGGUGGCGAAGAAGGCGAGAUCUGAAUCUGUAGAUGGGAUUGAGAAAACUCCUCCGGCUCGGGUUAAGAAGACCCGAUUGGAGCUCUGCACGACGAUCGUUAAAGCCGGUGAAUUUGAUUCAGUUGCGUUGAGGAAAGUGAAUUCAUUGCCAUCUCCAAAUUCUGAGAAAUCUGAUAAGAAAACAGAGCAUGUAGUAAAUGUACCGAAAGAGGAGACUAUUAAUGAGAAUUCGAAGAUCCCAGAGGAAGUCAAGGAGUUUGGUGUUUGUCAGGAGAUGAUCGUAUCUGCUAAUUCGAACGAAGAUGAGCAGAUCGAUGAUGGCGAUCACGAGGAAGAUGAUGAAGAAGAGAAAGAAGAAGAAGUGGAGAAGAAGAGUGUUGAUGUGAAAGAGAUGAAUGUAGCCAAGGAGAACAGAGUUGGUGGUGUUGAGAUUAAAAAGUUCAGUCAAUUUCAAAACAGAACAUCUCCAUCUCCUUCGUCCGUUCGUAAAAUUUCGCCUCCGGUGAUCAAAAGAGCAACUUCCGUUUACUCGGUCCCACAAAAUUCUACUUCAAGCACAGAUAGAUUUGCAGAGCAAGAAGACAACUUUACUCAGUCACAGAGCAAAUUGCAGAGUCUGGUGGAUCUGGUGAUGUGGAGAGAUGUAUCAAGGUCGACGUUGGUGUUCGGCUUUGGGACAUUCCUCAUCAUCUCAUCUUCCUACGCCAAUGAUCUCAAUUUCAGCUUCAUAUCGGUGGUGGCGUACAUGGGACUCAUACAUCUGGGCCUCAUGUUCGUAUUAAAAUCACUGAUCCACAGGGGAAUGGUGGAGGAGGAGAGACAUAAAGUGGUUGGAGUUAGAGAGGAAGAUGUCAAGAGGAUGCUCAGACUCAUAAUGCCUUAUCUCAACGAGUCUCUGCAUCAACUUAGAGCUCUCUUCUCCGGUGAUCCAUCCACCACCCUCAAGAUGGGAGUGGUGUUGUUUGUCUUGGCCAGGUGUGGCUCUUCUAUCACUCUUUGGAACCUCGCCAAAUUUGGCUUUUUAGGAGCAUUUACAGUGCCUAAAAUCUUCAUAUCAUACUCAACCCACUUCUCCGCUUACGGAAAUUUCUGGAUGAGAAGAUUCAGGGACGCAUGGGAAUCAUGCAAUCACAAAAAAGCGGUGUCUUUAGCGCUCUUCACCCUCGUGUGGAACCUCUCCUCCGUCACAGCCCGUGUUUGGGCAGCAUUCAUGUUACUCGUGGCCUUCAGAUAUUAUCAACAUAAGAUGAUUUGGACGACUGAUCAAGCUGAUGAUGAUGAUGAUGAUGUUGAAAAUGUAGCAGACGACGAAGAAGAAGAAAAUGAAAAAGAACAAGUCCCUAAACACAAAAGGGCUCCUCAUAUGAUGAUGCCUAAUAAACUCAAGAAAAUUUCCUAAUUGUUUGUCCUCCCAUAUAUAAACAACUACUAUGUAAUCUCUUUAGUUUUUAGUUAGGUUUCCUCUGAUACUUCUCUAUACAACACAGCUUCUAUACAGUUAAUAAUGUGAAUCUGAUACUUGUUCUUCUAAUAAGUUGUAUCUAACUCA